CCUUGCGCACCACCGUCGCUCUCGAGCCCAGUCAUCACUCUCAAUGGCAUCCCGGGAGAUCAUCAGUCUUCAGGUCGGACAGGCGGGGAACCAGGUCGGGGAGGUCUUCUGGCAGGACGUGCUGGCCGAGCACGGGCUGGACCAGGCGGGGGUACGUCGCCUCCCACGCACCGCGCGCGCCGCGUGGCGAGUGUGCCGUUGUGCAUGCCACCGUCCCUCACGUGUGAUGGCAGAUCUACCACGGACACGAUCCCGU